AUGGGUGAAGAUGAAAGGAAUAUUAGCGACGAUAUGUCAAGUCUUUUGCGUGCAGCUGAAGAAUGGGCAAAUGAACGAUUAUUUGGAGUUUAUUCGUCAAACGAUUUAAAUGAUUCAAUUUCCUAUCCAAUUUAUGUACCAAUUGAAGAAGUUGCUCGACAAGUUGUUUUAGAGAUAUGCAAAACAUAUGAAUGGAACCCUGAAACUGGAACAGAUAAUCGACUUCCAGGACGGAAUACUAUUGAUACAACAACCACACAACAGUCUUCGGAAAUACCAAUUUUGCGUAAUAUUUUCCAACGUUCUAUCUUUCCUUCUUCGGUUACGAAAUUGAACGGAAAUGAAUUUACUGCAACCCCUGAAGUCCUCUCACCAACAGAACAUUUCAAGUAUCAUCAACAGGAGACUUCGCUUCAUACAAUCCAACCAUUCACCACAACAUGCGAAGAUACUGUAGAUAAAGCAUUUGCUGUGGGUCAAAAUACUUCACUCAACAAACCGAAACAAUUGGACACAUCUGAUCAGGUAGGUCACAUUAAUAAUGCCAUAAAUAAGACAUUUGCCAUUAAAAAAAAUGCUUCGCUUAAAAUGAUGAAAGAAUUUAAUGCAUCUGAUCAAAUAAUUCACGAUAAUUCAAAACGGAAAUCCGGAAAAGUUGCCAUACUGCAUGUUAUGGAUACUAUUCCGUCUUUGGCUGAACAUACUUUUUGUGAUAACAAAAUUUCCGCCGUGCAUAAAGUUGAGGAAAACAGUUAUAUUUCAUCGAAUGAUAACUAUUCCGAUAUAUUGAACAAAAAUAGAGUGUCCAAUUCAGAAAAGCAUCCUGAAAAUGUGGAACAAAAACUUCUUCCCGCUGCUUCUCAGGAGUUAGCUGCAAAUCCUAUGCUGAAUACCGCAUUUUCUCCUGCAAACAUUGAUUACCAGCGAUUUGUCGACAAUAACUUUAUUACCAGUACUCCUUAUUUGAAAUCUCUGAAAGAGAACCAAAGAAUAUCAGAAAUUCUCGCUAUAAGAAAUUCUGGAUCAAACAACAUCAGUUCUCAAAGCAAUGUUAUUACUGUUCAUAGAGACGGAAAUACUGUAAACUCACGUUGUGCAUCAGACAACAGUAAUAUUAUCGCCACGAAAAAUAUAGUCACUGUUUUAACUCCUAAUGAAACUGUUACUGGAACGAGCAUGUUUACGACUAAUGAAAUUAUCCGACCGGCAUUUCCGAAAGCUUCAAUGAAUGGUGGAGAUAUGAGAAGAAAUAUUGCGAACUUACCUGAGGUUACUAACUUACCUGAAAAUGACAUGUCAACACCAAGAACUGUUAUUAUUGCUAAUACUACCUUAGAACAAUUUCCACCUUAUUCCGGCGAAAAAGAGAAAGAUUUGCGGGUUACCAAUUCAAUGCGGAUAAAUGCAUCUCAAAAUGAUGCACCUUAUCGUACGUUAUCCGAAGAAAACCGUGCCUUAAUCAUUGAGUUAAAUGAGAAAUUAAAUCGUUUACAGACUAGUAACAACUUGUCACAAUUCGUAGUUCAAAAAUCCGAGAACCAUAAUUUUACCUCUGCCAUGACAAUGACACAUCCGGAAAAGCUAGAGAAUCUAAGUCAUGCCGUUGAGGAAUUUAAAAAUACCACAUUGGUAAUAGCUCCAAAAAUUAACACCAUUACACAAACUCAAUCCAGCACAGAUCCGUGUGACAAGAAGAAUUGUGCAGACUUGGGAAAGAAAAUAAACUUAGAAAACACAUCACAGAAACAAUUAAUUAACAAUGAUGAAGAUACGGAUCUAGUGACUAGUAUUAUUGCAAUUGCGGAUAAUCAAAAACAAGUUAUUCCAAGCCAUCGAAAAAACUGCAGUAUCCGUUGUAACAACAGGCAAGCAUUUCAAGCGAUGACACAGAAUAGUAUUUCUUUGCAUGAAAAUGAUUUCAAAGAUAUGACUGGAAAGGAAUUUAUUACUAGGGCUAUGCAAACGGACCAAGAAAACAACAGUGAAUCGUAUAAUAAUUUAUGCGAUAAAUUUAAUCACACACCGAACAAUACCUCGCUACCAAUAAUGAAUACUGCUCGAGAUGGGAUUAAAAAUAAAGCUACGGUGGACAGAAGACCGUUUUUGAAUGAUCCAAUUAAAUUUUUCAACUAUAUGGCAUCACCACCACGACGAAAAUCAUUGCCAGCUUCACGAGGCAUAUUAGGUGUUAAUAAAUCCAAUAUGUUUGCAAGGCAAACUAUUGUACGGCCAAAAACAAUUCGUGAAAUUAUCCGUAAAACUCCAACAAUGAUGACACAUGCUGCAAAAAUCGAAAAACCAAAAUGUGAAAAGCAAAAUGUGAAAACAGUUCAUUUUGUGCGACCAAUAAAUCCACCUAAGAAACCAAACGAAUUACCAUUGGAAAAUCGCGCUUCACGUCUUAAAGCUGAAUAUUUAGCGAAGAAACGAGCUGAAGAAGCGAAAAAAUCACAAAUGAUGAAAGAUGAAAAAUUAACACCCGUAAUGGCUGGCCGUUUAUCGGUGAUGCGAAAAUUGACAUCAAUCAAUCCUAAUGUCGCAAAAUCGAACGGUACCAGGGAAUCAAAUAUAUCGUCAUACUUAAAUGCUAGUAAUCAAAUCAAUUCUGGAAGAAAAACAUUGUCACCAAUAAAUGAAAUUCCACAAAUUAAAAAUCAUGCAAAGCCUUGA